AGACAAAGAUCCCCCGUGUAGCCUUCACAGACCGAUGGGGCAAGUGCCCCCCCUUCCCCUCUAGUGGCGAUGUUGAAUAAACACCACCGCACCGGAUAAUUACUCAUUUGAGGCUGAGUCGACCUAGGGGGGCGGGGAGGAAAGCCCCCCCCCCCCCACCUGGGACCGGUUCGAGAUGAAAUGGAACUCUGGCGGCGCUGGUUUGGAGCGCGUGGCGCCAACCGCUGCACCACCGCUCGCGAGCUGGUCACCCCACACCCCCCUCCACAACCAACGUGCAUUGCGCAACGUGGACGCCCAAGUGCAUUGAGUGCUGUUCCCCACCCCCCAUCAUCCGGACGUUGACGAAACACCGCCGACGUUUUACUUCUUCAAAAGGCGACUUCCUCACGAGGCCGCUGUGUGUCUGUCAGUCCAACACUCAACUCACUGCCCACCCCCCCCCAGAGAGAGGUAGACGAAGACUGCAGGGCAGAAGUCGACAGAAGAUCAUCGUCGGCGCCAGAGAUCGACAGACGGAGGGAAGGAGGGCAGGAAUUAUGUCGGCACCACUGAUUAUCGUCAUGGGUCUCCUGGCUGCGUACACCGGAUACUACCUGGCCUCUGUUGCCAAGAAACCGGUGCUGGAGGCUUCCGUUGGUUUCCGUGCGUUCCUGGAGGCGCACUGCCCGGUUGUGAGCGAGCCCUUCCUGCCCACCGCGUGGUGCUGCAGCGGACGCAUCCAGAGCGUGCUGCGCUUCCUACUCAAGUCCCGCCCGCCCAUCCGCUACCGCACGGAGGUGCUGGCGACGCCCGACGGAGGGCAGCUCUCCCUCGAGUGGCUUGUCGACGAGGACGGAGAUGGCGAAGGUGACGACGGUGGCGAGCGGCGACAGCGGUGGCAGCCGGCGGGAGGCGAGCUGGCCCGGCCCACGGUGCUGCUGCUGCCGGGCCUGACCAGCAACAGCCGGGAGAACUACGUGCUGCAUCUCGUGCAGCAGACAGCCGAUCUGGGAUACCGGUGUGCGGUGUUCAACUACCGCGGCUGCGGUGAGGAGGAAUUACUGACGCCGCGCAUGUACAGCGCCGCCAACACCGAAGACCUGGAGCUGGUGGUGUUGCACAUCCGCGCCCUGUACCCGGACAGCGCCCUGCUCGCCGUCGGCAUGUCCAUGGGAGGGAUGAUGCUGCUGAACUACCUGGCGGCGAUGGGGCGGCGCGCGGGCGUGGAGGCGGCGCUCACCGUCUCCGUGCCGUGGGACGCCUUCACGUCGACCGCGUCGCUCGAGACGCCGCUCAACAGCGUGCUCUUCAACCGCGUGCUCACGCACCUGCUCACCGGCGCCGUGCACAGGCACCGGGAGGUCCUGAAGAAGAGGUACGACGUGGAGCACAUCAUGAAGUCUCGCUCGCUGUGGGAGUACGACGAGCGGCUCAUCUCCAUCAUGUUCGGCUACAGCUCGGUGCGCAGCUACUACCACGACGCGAGCCCCUGCCACAAGCUGCCCGCCGUGCGCGUCCCCGUGCUGUGCCUCAACGCCGCCGACGACCCCCUGUCUCCGGCCAGCGCGUUCCCGCUGGAGAGCGUGCGCGCCAACCCGUACGUGGCCCUGCUGGUGACGGCGAGGGGCGGCCACCUGGCGUUCCUCGAGGGGCUGGUGCCGCGCGCCACCAGCUACAUGGACCGACUGUACCAGCAGUUCGCGCGCGCCGUGCUCGGCGUCGCACGCGGCUCCCUGGAGAAGCAGCUGCACCUGCCGCUGCUGUAGCGGCGGAAGGUGCGGGCGGCGGCGACGGCGGCGGCGGCGGUUGCGUCAUCGAGCCUAGCAUCGACGCAACGGUAUAAUCGGCAUAGCUAUGCACGUCGGCAACAAAAUACAAUCAACGCGGCGCGUGGGGGGGCGUGGCGGUAACGCUCGUGCCGUCGCGGCGAGGCGGGCACCGGGUUCGAUUUCUGACUCGGUCGCCUUUCCGUGUGGAGUGUCUACGUAUGUGGAGUUUCUACGUAUGUGGAGUUUCUACAUAUGUGGAGUUUCUACGUAUGUGGAGUGUCUACGUAUGUGGAGUGUCUACAUAUGUGGAGUUUCUACAUAUGUGGAGUGUCUACGUAUGUGGAGUUACUACGUACUAGGAGUUUCUACAUAUGUGGAGUGUCUAUAUAUGUGGAGUUUCUGCGUAUGUGGAGUUUCUACAUAUGUGGAGUGUCUACAUAUGUGGAGUUUCUACAUAUGUGGAGUUUCUACGUAUGUGGAGUGUCUACGUAUGUGGAGUUUCUACGAAUGUGAAGUUUCUACAUAUGUGGAGUGUCUACGUAUGUUCUCCCCCCUGUUCUGCAUGGGUUUUCCUUCGGGUUUUCCGGUUUCCUCCUCCCUUAGCUCAACACACACACACAGAACGUAAUUGGUACUGGGUAAACAUUCCCCAAUGCUGAAAUAGUUAUGCGCAAAUUACUUGAUUGGGAUUACACGUGGCAACAUUGCCCCGUGCGGCGGGAACUUGGCAGGACCCUCCUAUAAAAGGGUCUUGAGACUCGGUAAUAAUAAUAACAUGGUGAAUCGACACAAUAUCGCCAACAGCCAUGCCUGGCACUGACACAAUACUAGCAACAUAACACAACGAUGUCUAUCGUUGACACGAAGCUGUCACGCUAGCCACGCUUGUCACCGACACUAAGCUUUCAACUUAACUGAAUUAUACGCUUAGGUUUUUCGGUAAAGUCACGUAGGUAAAAAAUGUAUAAUAAAUAAUAUAAUUGAAAAAAUAAUAGAAAUAAAAUAAUAAAUCACAACGUUUCGGAGGCAACACAAGUCUCCGUCAUCAGGUGGGACCGUCACAGCUCGUUUUCCAGUCUCAAGUCAUUAUUUAUUUUUUACCUACGUGACUUUACCGAAAAACUAAGAGUAUGAAUCCUUGCAGUCACGAAAGCUUCAAAUCUAGAAUUAACUGAGUUAAUCACCGACGCCGAGCUAUCGGUUAGAGGUGUAACCAACAACCUAUCCCCCACCCCCCCACACCGGGCGAUUAAGGGCUGCAAUAAACAAAACAAAAAAUCACAUUAACAAACAAAUUGUACUUUAACAUUGCAGUGAAUGUAGCAGCCGCUUGUGGCUGCAGGGUUCCACGAACCCAUCACAUAAGACGUAUGAAUAUAUAAGCACUGAUACUUAAGCGCGCCAUUUGCAUGUGUCGUCAGCUUAGGAAUCGAUAUGAAUCGAUGCACCGUUACACAUAUCAAAUCUACUUAUCCUAUCGUCAAUCGCACGCUCUCAACAGAACCAUUCCGAAACGAUCAUCUUAGUUGUACCAAUGUAAUGUUUACAAUCCAACAUAUCUACGCCUUUAAUUAUCAUCAUCAUCAUAUACUACGUGAAAGUUAAAGCAGAGCCAUUGUUCCCAUAGACAUAAUUCCGUCAUGCCACCCGUUGCUAUUAACUUUAUAAUCAUCAUUUGGCUGCCCGAUCAUCGCUGUGAUGUAGCACUCUGGCGGCGAGGCAUGGUGGGUCACACACAGGGGCAUGGAACUCCACAACCCACUGGGUUGCAAGGUGGUCAGUAGGUGGCAGGACAGAGAGAGCGGGUUCGUGAACUGGUCCGUCCGAGCGUUAUCCCCUCCUCGUGUGGAGCGUGCUUUCUCCCGGCAAUCUGGUCGCCUCCCACAUCGGUUGAUAAGCCGUUGGCCAAAACCACGUCGAUGUGUUCUGGCCAGAGGUCGCAAACGAGUUUUGAUUCCUUACCCGUACCCGUACCCGGCCGCACCAGGGUCGCAAACGGGUAGCCGUACCCGUACCCUACCCGAUACCCGGCUACCCGUACCCGGCCGGGUAUCGGGCAGGGUACGGGUACCCGAUUGCGACCUCUGGGAUGAAGCCAUGUUGCAGGCGCGGGUGGGUUGAUAGGAACUUGAAUUGUGAGAAGAGACAAGACGUUGGGAAAUGAGUGACAAACGGUUACUCACUAGUGACUCGCGGCCUACCCAUACCCGGCCGCACCAGGGUCGCAAACCCGGCCGGGUACGGGUAGCCGGGUAUCGGGUAGGGUAUGGGUAUCGGGUACCUGGUUGCGACCUCUGGUUCUGGCCAACGGAAUGAAGGGCCUUGAGACUCGUUGAGAUUUUGUUUCGGCAAACAAAUUGCAUUGAGGAAAUGUCAGACAAAAAUGCACAAAAAUACCUGACGGAAAAAUAACAACAACUCACAAAUAACAGUUACCGUCACGCCGCCAUUACUCUCACCGGCAUAAAAAACAAACAUUACCACUGGCACGUUUGACUACGUACGGUGCAAAAGAAGUUCAAAAUGCACACGUACAACAUAAGCGUGACAUGAAUACAAAUACAUUGAACAGCAAUAUCAACGCCAUAUGUAUAUUGUCAAUGUACACGCGCUCGCUAGCAUCGCGAUCGCUACCGUCUACAUCACCGCUAUGUUUAUCCCCCUUGCGUCAGUGUUGGCUCUUUACUCCGUCAAGAGUUCAAAUGUUGUCUCGACACGAGCGGAGAUUGAAGCAAUUUCAAGUGGUCCAUUUGCGCUCUCUGUGGGAUGGGCCCCAUUAACGAUGAACAAAUAAUAUCUACAGCGGCAUCAAUCGCCGGUAAUGCACUGAGUUUCUGACAUAGCGACAUUGAUCUGUGUGACACGAAGAGUGAAUCGGAGCUGACCCCGUGAGAGCAUGCAGCCCAGUUGGGUGGGAGUCUGACAGAUAAUAGUAGCCAUGUGUGUCUAUAGAUAUAUAAUAAAAUAAUUAGAGCGCAUUUCGCUACUGCUUAAGCGCAAGGGGCUCCAUCGUGAAGUCGGGGUGUUUUGAGUGCGUUCUUGACAUCGGUGUGGCACCACCGCGUACGUCUGGCGGGUAUUCUUACGUAAGAUUUCACAUACACAUGAACGCAGUGAUUAAUACACUGGUCAACAAAAAAAGUUUUUUUCUGGCCUGGACUUUUGCAGCUGUUUUAGUGCUGAUUCCAAAUGUGAUCUCAGAUUUGCUCUAUCACAUCUCAUUUGUAUGCUAUUGGCAUACCCCAUUUUCAUUGAUUUUACCCGAAAUUAACUCUGUCACUUAUGAUUGCAAGUUGUUGCGAGUCAGUGACUGCUUUAGUGUUAAAAUAUGGUGCUGUGUUUUUAGGAUAGUGUGUUUUUAAUAUCAUUUUACGUAGAUAUCCACAUUUAUUUAAUAUUUUUUUCUGCAGUUUUUAUUGAAAAUGCAAUAUUUGAUAUCUAAAAAACCUGAUGUGAUAGACAAAAACUGAUGCCAGAUUUGGAAUCGGCACCCCAAAAUUACCUUAAAACCCUUGGAAUAUCUUAUGCCAGAAAAAGUGUGUUGACCAGUGUUAUUUAUCUUCGGUGGUGUGUGGCAGUGGUCCCCAAAGCCAUGGCCAUCGGUCCCUGCGCCCCCCAGCGUCCGUCACUACCCCGCCACCCCCCGACGACCCCCCCAUACUCCAAGUUUCAAGAUUAUUUUGUUGAACCAGGUGAGAACUCAAGGGACCAGGGUAGAGUCUCAUUUCCCAGGGUGACCUGGAUCGUGACCAAAAUGGCAAAAGCAAAGGGCGGCAAUUAAGUGAAGCAACCAAAAAAAAACACCUCUCAAAAGAGGAAUGGAUCGGAAAUAUAUGCAAACGUAAAUCAAAUGUUAAUCGAAGCUAAACAUUUAAUUCCCUGCAGUGCAAAUCGGCACUGCCAAGGCCCCAAUACGCGGAGAGAUUACAUGUCCACGCCUCUAGUGAACGCGGUGUUGGUAAGGCAUGUGUUUCAUGCCGUGUAUCAGUGUGUUCGUAAGGUAUUUGUUUCGUGCCGUGUACCAGUGUGUUUUGUGUUCGUAAGGUAUUUGUUUCACCCUGCGUGUCGGCGUGUUCGGUCGCCGUAACGUCGCGCUGACGUUCCCUGGUGCACAUUCCAAUAUUUCUCCUGCACGAUCUCCAUGCUGCUGCCUACCUGGUGAGAGCAGGUGGGGUAGUGGUCGUCGUGGUGGUGUGGUGGUGGUGGGGGGGUAAAAUCCAUAUGUUGACGACCGCUGCACUAACGAACGCUCGGAAUGCUUGUAACUGUCUCAACUAAAAUCUGACCAAAAUCAGCCCCGCACAGCCGGUGCGUUGGUGUUGAUGGUUUGAGAGGCUCGACUUCGAUUGGGACCUGAUGGACCGUGGGCCGGGGUGGUCAGCAUGAAUGUGUCCCCCUGCGGUUUUCCCUAUGCAAACCGGAUCAGAGUUGGAUUAAUGUGGCCAGGUGCAGAAAUCUGUACCUGACGCGGCAAAACUUUAGUUCGUACCGAUUUAUUUAUACGGCUACUACUACGAGCGAACUGUACGACAACCCCGCUCAUUGCAAACGGAUAUCGCGUCGUUCACAGUCUGUUGGCCGCAUCAACACAUCGCAAGCAUGAGAGUGGGGGCCACCUCGUGUGGUGCCGUUCGAUGAGGCAUCUGCUCCGGCCUCUUAGACUACUGUUGCGUGUCGCAUGUUCGUAGUUGCGCUCUGUGGUUCGAGGACUCGGAAAACAGCGACCAAUUGAAAUGUUAUUUGUGCUCACGUGCUGUUUGUUAUAUUUAUAUGCGUGUAACAAAAAAUCUGGUAAUACCGUAUUUUCUGGAUUAUAAGACGCAAACUUUUUUUUUUUACCUGACUUUUAAAGCAACAGUUUGGGGGUUGUGUCUUGUAAAUCUGGUAGCUGUCCGCGUGCUUGUGCGUAACCGGAUUUGUGUAACUCUCUUUAGACCGGGCACAAGUUUGAGGUGCGUCUGAUGUUCCGGAGCAUCUUAUAAUCUGGAGAAUACGGUAAUAUUAUAAUUGUCCACACAACGGCGCGACACUUAAAAGAUAAUAAUGCAACUCAAGAGAUUCAGGAAAUAACACAUGCAACACAGCUGCCAGUAGAAAUAAGAUGUUUUUGUAAUAUCCUAUAUAUUUACAAAAUGAACAUACAAUGAAUUUCAUAUGGAGACUUUCACGACCAAUACAGUAAAACCUUGGGUUGCGAGCAUAAUUCGUUCCGGAAACGUGUUUGCAAUCCAAAGCACCCGUAUAUCAGUUGUGAUCACGUGACGCUCGGCAGACAAAGCGUACGCACGUACUACUCGCAUUGCAAGACCUCGCUCGUUUAUCAAAUAAAUAUUUACUUAAAAUUUUUGCUCGUCUUGCAAAACACUCGCAGCCCAAGUUACUCGCAAUCCAAGGUUUUACUGUACUAUGAUUCAUAACUGGUGGCUUUUGGGUUAGACCUCCUAUGUGUAAUGUCAAUUCCAGCUGCAACCCCCCCAAAACAGAACAGAGCCACACAAACCAAGUUGUCACUUGGACAGAUGUGCCAAUGAAUGAGGGUCGCUGGAUCACGUGUCCUGGCUCUCUCCAGAAGGCGGUACAGCAGGCGGACUAAUCGCCGCGCGUUUCCAUCUGUACGGGGCGAGUGUUGGCCCCCAUCUUUAAAAUAAGGAAACCCAUUGUUUGAGCAGGACCCUCCUGAAAAAAAUGUCACGUGGCUCGGUGCGGAUGAAUAAGUUCAAACGUUAACCAAAGUUGAUUUUGUAAGCGGUUAACAUCGCAGAGCAAGAAAAUGUUGGCGAUAUGUGAAAUCGACUGGCACGUUUGACCACGUGACAACUUCAUUUGUUUGGCUUUGAUGGAUGCAUGGCUCUAUUUGACAUCAUAUCUGCACGGUCCGACCCAAUAGAAACCAAUUACGAACGUGCAAUUGUUAUGGGGGGACUUCAAACUAGCAUCGGUUUCAAACACGUUUAUACUCUAUUCGUACAGCUUACGUCCACGAGGUUAUAAUACGCAAGGACUUUUUUUCUUUUGCGCGGGAUGUUGUGAGCCCACAGCUGUUUACGGGAAGCGUGGCUAAGUGUUAACGUCAGUGUAUCGUUCUGAGACAAUCUUGAAACACACACUGGAAUAACUAUGAAUUAAUCAUAAUUUACAAAUGAUGUUUAGUUUUGUAUAGUGCUGUUGUUAACGCAAAUUGCAUCUCACGAUCGCCGAGGAACCAGAGGCAAAGCUUAAAGGCAGCAGCCAGAUGGUGAGCCGGCACUACCAACAAUUACCCAAGCUCGGCCAUCCUCUAUAUAUCAAAAUGUUUUCAUGGUGAAAACACGUAAAAUGCGAGGGGGACAACGCUCUAUCCCAUACAGAAGCGACAGAUGAUAUUCCGUCCCCAUUUUGCUGUACCGCCUUCUCCUGGCGAGCCAGGAUUAAUGUGGUCCCGAGGCCCCGUGGGAAGGGAGCAUCGCAACAUGUGUGCGAUCCACACCAACCCUUCACGUCUCCGGGUUACAGGCGUGCGUAGCCGCCACCGCCUGGCUAAACACAGAAGGCCAUUGAGUAACUGAGAUGCUAACUUAACACCGACCAGUAUGUGUGUAUUAUUUAUUUGUUACGCACUUGCACGUCUACUGCUCGCGAAUACUGACAGUAAGAGUAUAUUUUAUUUAGUUGCGGCCAUUUGGCUCGUAAUGUUUUCAUGUAUUGUUCUUAUUCUUUGAAUUAUUGAAACUGUUAAACGACGCAAAAACUUGUAUUUUACCAGGUAAGGCCCACUGAGCUGUAUAGCUCAGAACGGAUCUGGCUAUCACAAAUGCUAGCCCAACGAAGUGGCUUGCCACGCGGACAUUUCUAGCAGCCAAAUGCUCGAAACGCACGUUUCUAAAUUGUUAAUUGUUGGCCGGGUAGCUCAGUGGUCGCCUCGCUUGCACCCGAGUCAGAUUUCACACCGCGCCCAGCUUUCAUCUCCCCUGUGCCGGUCGGAUAACGUCCACGCGAGAAUGACAGCUCCAUUCAGACGCGUCACCUUGCAAGAUAAGAAAAUAAAAUACCGGAGCGUAUUCCUGCGUAGCUGCAACUCCCCCCCCCCCCCCCGGAGGUGAGACUACCUAUGGGCUCUUAGCUCGUUAACUAGACGGCAUGGAUGUACAGCAAGGUGUCGCUGAGCCAUAUCCCCGCGGUACAGCGCCCCACUGCUGGCUUACUCGGCGUUCAAUGCAAACACAGGCAGGUGCAUGCGGGAGCAUCGCUUUUCAUUGGGAGGUCCAAGCACGCGGGAGACACACGCGCUGGUAAAUGCCAAAGAGUUACCGCAUUGAGAUCUAUGUUGCGUGUCUGCCAAGAUAUUUUUUGCUUCAAGAGCGAAAUAUUCAGCGGAGAGCCCCCCCCCCCCCCCCACAUGCCCCCAGUGGGCCAAUUUGUCCGCAGCGAUGUUGUUUAUUAUGCCCCUCGCUGUACUAAGUGAAUUUUACUUCAAGUUUGAAGAACUCUGUUUUGUAAAAUGUACGAGUAAUAAUAAAAAAGGCAAUUCAUAACGUGCAAAUAUUUCACGAAUUGGGCGCAAUAUUCUAUUGAGAGCUCGGAGGCACGUAGCCAGAGCUCAAUAUCCCUCGUACGCAGCUUGAGCCAGCUGAGAGCCUGAACCAGGUGAGAGUCUGAACCAGGUGAGAGACUGAACCAGGUGAGAGUCUGAACCAGGUGAGAGUCUGAACCAGGUGAGAGCCUGAACCAGGUGAGAGUCUGAACCAGGUGAGAGCCUGAACCAGGUGAGAGCCUGGACCAGGUGAGAGUCUGACCCAGGUGAGAGCCUGGACCAGGUGAGGGCCUGAACCAGGUGAGAGCCUGAACCAGGUGAGAAUCUGAACCAGGUGAGAGCCUGAAUCAGGUGAGAGUCUGAACCAGGUGAGAGCCUGAACCAGGUGAGAGCCUGAACCAGGUGAGAGCCUUGAGCUGCUGCUUAGAGGUGGAUGGUGGAGCUUGGAUGCCGCUGUGAAUGUGCAGUGGGAGAGAGAGAGUUUCAGAUGAACGGUGCAGCUACGGAGAACCGUCGCUCAGCAAAAAACAUUCCUGGUUCUGGGUACAAUGAGUCGGUUGUUUGAUGAACUCCGUAGGAGGUGGUGGUUUGCUGUAGUCGGUGGAGUCCGAAGGGCAGAGGGAAGACUUUGAAAAUAUGUUUGUCUUGAUGCGAUGUUAUCAUAUCAGAGAAUAUUUUUUUGUUGCCAGCUCUUGCGUGCAGGAACAACAACAUGCACAAUAUCAUUGCACACUUUAAUAUGUUUGAGUCUUAUUUGAAUUGGCAGUUGUACAAAAAGGGGGCUCGUUUCUCUCAAAGGUGUAAAAAACAAAAACGAAUCAUCCCAAGAUCCCUCUCCUGUCCCACGAAUCAACCGCGUACCAUUUAUCCAGAAACAAUUUGCAACCACUGGCUUGGAUGCAUGCUAACACUUGGGUACCUAGCUCGUAUUUACAUUUUAAGAGGUAGUAGGUACGUUGUUACAAUGUCAAAAAAGCUGCUAGCAGUUAAAUAGCUUUAUCUACUCUUGUUAGUUUAUUGCUAGUUGGUUAAUAAACUCUAUGAAUGAAGCAUGUUUUAAUCGAAAUGUUAUAUGACUACGCACUUUACGGUACAACCAGCAGUAAUGGGUCAUAUGUUUUUUAUUUUACUACAUUGCUAGAGAAAAUAAUCCAGACGAUAUAUUGUUAAUACAAAUCCUUAUAAUCUUUAAAAUAUAUAUAUAUAUACGCCGCGUGAGUUGAGGAGUGCUUGUUUGUGGAUGAUUUGAACUUGAUAAAAAAAAAAAAACAUGUUAACCGUGUGAAAAACAAGGGUUAUUUGUAUUUCAGUGUCGGUUGCGUGACACCGGCUGCAUGUUACUUUGUGUCCCCUGCCACUUGGCUGGGUCUGCGUGUUUUCACGACAGAUGCCUGAACAGCUUGCGAGCCCCCCCCCACCCCCCGCGCCCCCCCCAACCCAAAAUCAAAGCACCCCCCACAAUGCACCGCCAAUAAAUCAUAUUCAUGUCAAGCGUGGCAAUCACGUGGUAGAUUAUGCACGUGCCCUUUUGGGAAAUGGAAAACGACGGGUGGCGCUUUAAAGUUGGCAUCGAGCAAUUUUCGUACCGCCCGUGACUUCUGUUGCGAUGCGCUUGAUUUCAAACGUGUGUUACCGAUACAGUAUGUUGACAUGCUUGCCUGGAGAGAUAACAACAA